AGUGUUGUAGUGGUUCACUAAAUACAUAGCUAACACUCAGUAUCACAGGUAUUUCUUUCCUAACGCCAUUAGGAGACAGCUGGAGAAUGUUCAAGUUGGACCUGCCCGCGGAUGAGAGCUCCGUGAGGGCGGUGGAGCGGCGGCAGGCUGCAGAGGUCGCGCGCCGGAAACGCAUCUUCAAUACAAGGAACCGGGUGAUUGGACUGGACGUGCACGCGCUCGAUCAGCAGGUGGCCAAGAAGCGUGAGCGUGAGAAGGCGGAGAGGCAGCGGGAAAUGGCGUACGGUGCGUUGUGUAUUUCCAUGGACCAAAAGCUGAUGACGCAACAAAGAGAGGAGGCGGAACGAAAGAGAGAGUUGGCACAGGAGCUUGUGCAGGACUGGGCGAUAUACCAGCGCUCUGAGGACUCUCGUGAUGCGGAUAUUAAUUAUAAUCACCAAGGGGGACCCGAUGUCAGCUUAGUCGAUCAAGAGUCAUUGGGACCUGCCAGUAUGCAGGUUUUUGAGGGAGAAGGUGUUGGGGAAAAUGAAAGGAGGAAGUUUCAGAUGGAGCAGAAUGAGAGAAUUCUCAGAGCUCAAAGGGAAGAGCGAGAGAAACGCCAGAAAGUGCAGAAACACAAAGAGUUGGUUGGAGGUCUGGAGCUGAUCCAGCAGGACCUGAGAGCAAUACAUCUGGAUGCUCUGGAGGAAGAGUGUAAGAAAGCUGCCCUGAUUGCACUCAAAAGCUACAACCAGGUUCAGGCAGAAGAGAGGCAGGAGCGAGAAAGGCAAGACAAGCAGAAGCAUGAGGGCUUGGACCUGGCAGAGAUUCUGCAGAUGGUGACCUCUGACCUUUUGACCGAGUGCCCGGAAGUUGCAGUGAAGGAGGGCAUGGGUUCAGCUGAGGCUCCUCGAGUGCUACCUGAUCGCUGGAAGGGGAUGAGCUCUGAGGAGCUCAACGCCAUCUACAGGCAGAGAGCAGAACAGCGUGCUGAUAGAGAGAGGCAGAGACAGCGGGAGAAGCAGAGCAACCUGGCGUGGGAUUUGCAGCAGCUGGAGCAGGCCAGGCAGCAAGAGGAGGAGGAGAGAAGAGUGAGGGAACUAGAGAGAGAAAGGAGAGCACGACUGGACCAAUACAACCAGCAGCUGGCUAGAGAGCAGCAGGAACACCAAAAGUACCUCAAUAAUGACCUUUACACCAACCGGCCCACUGUGCGCUACUUCAGCCAGUUCAGCGCAAGCUCUCGCUAAGGGUCUCACCAUCAUCAGGUGAACACUGGCUGUUUGAGUUCCACAGAACUAUAGAGCUUGUAUCACCUUUUUAAAUAAUAAUAAAUUUUACCACUCUGUU